GCUCGUCGACUUCCUACUUGCUGCAAAAGCGCAAAAGCGCAAAGGCGCAGCUCCGCGCAACCGGCGCCCCCUUCUCCUGCCGGCUUCCUUUAAGCGCUGCGCGGCUGCAGGUCGCGGAUCUUCCCUUCCGACGCCAUCCCGACACGCGUCUCCUUCCCCUCCGGCUUGCAGAGCCGGUUUGCAAGCUCCGAAGGAAGCGCGCUUUUGCUGCAAAGCGCCGCCGCGCUCCUUGGAGAGGAGGAGGAGGAGGACGCGUUUCCCAGGACGCAGGCGGAGAGCGUCGGGCUCUUUAUCCGGCGAACAGUGCUAGAAAUUCCCUGGGCAUUUUACGAUAGCUGCAUCUCCAUCUCGCUGGCCUCUCCAGCUUUCUUAAGCAGGAACCAUGUCUGCCAUGUGGCUACAGAUUGGACAGUGUGGUAACCAGAUUGGGCAGGAAUGGUGGCAAAUUGUUACCGGCACAAGUAACCGAGAAGCUGACCUUUACCCGUUCUGCUCCCAGGAUGGCCAUCUGAGCGCCGUCUGUGUGGACAGUGAGCCCAAAGUGGUGAGGAAGCUGCAGAAACAAGUCAAAAGAGGGCUAUUCAGAGAGUCCAAUCUCAUCAUGGGGAAGCAGGGACGAGGCAGCAACUGGGCUUAUGGUUAUCACGGCGUCCGUUCAGAGAGCGAGCAGAAUUUGUGCAGUCGGACAAUGGAGAGUCUGCGGAAAGAGGCCGAGAAAAGGGAUUUCUACGGUGGGACUGUGCUGUUCCACAGCCUCAGCGGGGGCACAGGAGCUGGGCUGAGUUCCCGGUUGUGCGAAGCCAUUCGAGAAGAGUACCCCCUCGGCCACAUCCUGUCCGUAUCGGUGGCACCGCACCAAGCUGGUGAGAGCCCCCUGCAGCACUACAACGCCCUGUUGUGCCUGUCUUGGCUUCAGAGGUAUGCAGACGGGGUCCUUCUGUUUCACAACGACGAGGUGCUGAAGCGGGCAGCCGCUCCCCUGGCGAGGAAGGACACUCCUGAAGCCUCGUGCCAAGUCUCCUUCCCUUCUAUGAAUGCCUACCUCGCUUCCUGCCUCGCUGGGCUUCUCUGCCCACUAAAGAUUUUCACAUCACAAAGUGGGGUUAGCAUGGGGAUGGAGCCCUGGGAGCUGCUGAGAACCGUCUGCCCCAUGCCUGCCUUCAAGUUCCUCCACACAGCUCAAGCCAGCACAAGGGGGACGGUCUUUUGGGACAGCCUGGCGUCUUCCGUGCUGCAGCCGCUGCCUCGCCAGUCUCUGGCUGGAACUCCUCACCAGAGCACAGCCGUGCUGGCUGUGGCUCGCGGCCCCCGGGAAGACGCCUUUCUCGCGAACCCCAGUUUGGUCCUGAGGAAGCUGAGGCAAGGCUACCGCUGCGUUUCGUGGAACCCCUUCGCUGCCACUUACUGGACCGAUGCUGCCAGCCUCGUGGCUCCCAGCCGGCACAGCUUGACCGUCUGUGCCAACCACUGCAGCUCAGCUGACCUCCUGCAGCGGGUGGAGCAGCGGGCGAGGGCCAUGUACGAGAGCAACGCUUUCCUGCACUGGUACUGGAGGCACGGCUGCGAGGAAGGAGAUUUUGAGCAGGCUUUUGAGACAGUGCGCUCCGUCCUGGGAGAUUACAGCCACCUCGGGGAGUGAGCGCGACGGAUGCAGGACCUCUAACAGACCACCUUGUAACACUCGGGAGGAGCGGGGCCCAAGGAAAUAGGGGGCGACUAUCGUUAUGAAUGUGCCACCCCCGCAAUCCACACCCGGACACACCCCAGGGUCAGCAUGGCUGUGUGACUGUGUAAAACAGGGUUUCCAAACUUUGCUGUUUUUGGACUACAGUUCCCAUCAUCCCUGACUACUGCUAGCUAAGGAUGAUGGGAGUUGUAGUCCAAAAACUGCGGGAGACCAAGUUUGGGAAAGGACCUGACUCUGGCUUUCAAAUGUAUACCUGGAAUCCCUUUUACAGGCGCUCUGGCCCACCCAGGAAUGCUUUUGGGAAUGAUUCUCUUGGGAGGGUCAGAAUGAGUCCUCUACCUAAAGUUCUCAGGGCACUUCCUGGACUUCAGCUCCCAUGAGCCCCAUUCAGCAUGGCUUUUGGUCAAGGAUGAUGGGAACUGCAGUCCGGCGACAUCCAAAGAGCAUCAGGAGCCUCAUCCCUCGCUUUGAGCAGGGCCUGUCCAUAGGGAUCUCCAAAACCUAGUGCCCUGCCUGCUGACUUUCUGUGAAAGAAUCACGUGUCCAUCAGCGAUGGGCUCCCAGAUAGUGUCCCACCAGCCAGCAGUGGUCUGUGAACAUCCAUGCGGGAAAGUUUUAAUUUUAAUAAAUUCCAUAGGACCUUGGCAUCUAUCACAGCGCCAGGCAGUUGUUAUACAACAGGCAGGAGAAUCAUUAAGUGGUUCGUGAAGACCCUCAGUAACUUUCAAGUGGUCCGUGGAAGGUUUGGAAACCAGUGCUCUGUGCUUUAAAACAUCCAGCAACGUCCCUUAGUUGGAGAUCCGUAGUGUACAUAGGGCAACCUUUGCCCCACGCCACCCCGGCACUCUCCAGAUGUUUGCCACUGCAACUCCCAAAAGGCCAGUAUGAAAGGGUGCACUGUGAGUGCCAGGGGGGACCUCUGUGGGUGAGGCCAGGCGCUAUUUGGGGCAGCUCUGUUCUGAUAGAUGGGUACUGUCACGGAGCUGGCAGGGAAGGCUCCGGAGUUGAAGGAGGGGAGAGAGAGGGGCCGGUAGAAGAGGCAGAAGUAAAAGAGGGUGGAGAGCAAGGGGAAGCCACUCAGGUGAUGUUAGCGGGCAUCAGCACCUCUCUGCCAGCUCAGGCACUGUGCUGGUCCCGAGGGUUAACCGUGCGGCGAGGUCCAAGUCCAGUCCGAGGUCGAGGGUGCGGUAU